AAGCCUUCACUCACAUUAAGUAACGCAGUCACUGCCAUCUCGCGCGUUUCGAUCCUCACAAAAUGCACCAAAACGUUGGAGACCCUGCAAUUAGGCUCUUCGGCCAGAAGAUUCCCCUCUCCGGUGAUCUUCACAAAGAACAAGAAGAAGAGGAUGAAGAUGAACGAGAGAUAGAAGAGGAAGGAGACAAGGAUCUAGGAGUUGAGAAUGUUACUGAGAAAGAGCAAGAAGCUGAUCCUCCUCCAGAUGAAGAAGAACCUAAGAAGAAUUCAGGCACAUCACCUGCGGCUAUCGUGAACCCUAAGACACCUUCCAUAGAAGAAGAAACUGCAAAUACAAAGAGUGACAAGUCAGAGAAGGAACAAAGCAAUGCAAACAACUCACAAGAGAAGAAGCCAGAUAAAUUGCUACCAUGUCCCCGCUGCAAUAGCAUGGACACUAAAUUCUGUUACUACAACAACUACAACAUCAACCAGCCACGAUAUUUCUGUAAAGCCUGUCAAAGAUACUGGACUGCUGGUGGUACCAUGAGGAAUGUACCGGUGGGAGCCGGACGGCGAAAGACCAAGAAUUCUGCUUCGCAUUAUCGCCACAUAAUGAUCUCUGAGGCUCUUCAAGCAGCAAGAAUUGAUGCUUCUAAUGUAACUCAUCUUCCAAUUUUGAAAAGCAACGGUAGGGAUAGAGUCCUCAGCUUUGGAUUAGAUGCACCUAUCUGCGAUUCCAUGGCAUCUGUCUUGAAUCUUGGAGAAAAAAGGGCUCUUAAUGACACAAGAAAUGACUUUCGUCACCAUGGCUUAGAGGAUCAAAGACUCUCCAUUCCUUGUAAAAGUGGAGAAAAUGGUGAUGAUUGUUCCACUACAUCUUCCAUUACAGUUUCAGGUUCUGUAGUAGAAAAUAGCAAAAGCACUUUACAACAACCAAUGCUUCAAAACCAUGGUUUCCUUCCUCAACUUCCAUGUCUUCCUUGGCCUUAUACAUGGAAUUCUCCAGUUCCCUCGUCUGCUUUGUGUCCUUCAGGAUUUCCCAUGCCAUUCUACCCUGUUCCUUUUUGGAACUGUGGCAUGCCAAGGAAUUGGAAUGUUCCAUGGUUUUCCUCUCAUUCAUCUGCUUCAAGCCCCAACUCUCCAAGCUCAGGUCCAAAUUCUCCAACUUUGGGGAAGCACUCAAGGGACGGUGACAUGAUCAAGCAAGACAAUUUGCACAAAGAAGAACCUUCAAAACACAGGAAUGGGUGUGUUUUAGUUCCUAAAACGUUAAGAAUUGAUGACCCAAGUGAAGCUGCAAAGAGUUCUAUAUGGGCAACACUAGGAAUUAAGAAUGAAUCAGUGAGUGGGGGAGGUAUGUUUAAGGCCUUUCAAUCAAGUAAAGACAAAAAGAAUCAUGUUGAAGCCUCUCCAGUGUUGAUGGCUAACCCUGCAGCUUUGUCUAGAUCCCUUAACUUCCAUGAAAACUCUUGAGUUAAUGGCACCAUGAAAAAGUCUUUAUAAGCAAGAGGCUGUGACCAUCUUUGAAUAAUGGGUUAUUGACUUGCUUCAUCGACCUUGUAUAGAAGCAAAGGGAGAACUAAUUUUUGUCUUUCUUUUCACUUAACACUAUGAAUAGAAUAGGUUCAUCUUAACGUGUCUAACUUGCUGAGUUUGAAUCCUGUAUAUAUAUAAAUAUAUAAAAUAUGUGUGAAAUAGAGAUCUUUAUGUAAAAGCUCUUUACUAUGUAUAAAAAUCUAGAUGGUGUACUCAAUAGAAAAAUGAAUAACUUUCUCUAUGAAUAGUUCUCUCUCCUUUUAUGUGAACAACUUGAAGGAGUAUUUGUUUUCAAUAAAGAGUUCAUAAUAAACUACAAGACUUAGAAAGAUAAACACAAACAAUAUUAAAAGGAAUGGAGAGUGGAUACUCUUGCCGUAACAUGUUGUGUGCUUUGAUAUGUUGUCAACUAAUCAAUAACAUUUGAAUGGUAAGAGGAGGGAGGGGAAUAAUAUUUUUUGUCCUUGUUAUAUACUAAGUUAUUCCCUCAUAUACAAAGAAGAUAUCAGGUACUCUGGUGACUGCGAGAGUUGAGAGAGAGGAUAGACUUGCAUAUAACAGCUUUUUAUGAGAUAAACAUGCAUAUUGCAGCUUUCUUUCAAAAAGUGGAUAUUUUCGAGGGAUCCAGAUCCGCUCCUGUUAUGACAGUAACUGGACAUUUUUGCUUAAGCUAGUUAAAAUUCCCUUGGCCAAACAAUACAAAAAUAAAGGAGAAAGCACAAAAAAUUCGAAUUAACAGCAGCACCACAUGCAAACUCCUCCAUUUGUUUCACCUCCUCCCAACCCCAAUAAUUCAGAAGCCAAAUUCCCAUCUCAUCCUUUGAGGCUUCUUCCCACCUUCGUGAGCCUGUAGCAACACUUCUUCAUUCCCUUUCAUGUGAAACCAUUCAACACUCUAUCAUAGAGAGGAAAGAUUCCAAGGGAAGGCACAUAACCAUUGGGUGGCUUGAUAAACAAGAGCCAAGUUUAGUUAUAUAUGCUUCUUUUGGGACAACCGCAAGCUUGACAAAGGAGCAAAUCCUACAUAUUGCAAGUGCAAAGCAAGCAAAAGUUCAUAUGGGUGCUAAGAGAUGCUGAUAAAGGAGACAUCUUUGAUGGAAAUGAAGUGAAAAGGCGUGAGCUUCCAAAUGGGUUCGAAGAGAGAGUUGAAGGGUUGGAGUUAGUUGUGAGAGACUGAGCCUCAAUACGAAAUUCUGAGCCACCCUUCAAUAGGAGGGUUUAUGACUCACUGUGGAUGAAACUCUUGCAUUGAGAGCAUAACCAUGGGAGUGCCACUAGCAGCAUGGCCUAUGCACUCAGACCAACCAAAAAACAGUGUUUUGAUCUUAGAAAUUUUCAAAGUUGAUUUGGUUAUGAAAGAGUGAGCUAACAGAGAUUAGUUGGUGACUGCAACUGUUACUGAGAAUGAAAGGGAUAAGGAAGCCUCACAGCGAGAUGUCACAUGCGGCACCGCUGUUAUCACUGUCGUCAUUUAGUCAUUGUUAUAUGACCAUGAAUUAUUAUUUUUGAUAAUAAUUAAUAAAAAUACCUACAAUUUAUUUU